CCCGCGAGCCUCGGGGUUUUUCUCAGUUGGCCGCGGCCGAAGUCAGUGUCAGUCAGGGAAGGCGGGCUGAUAAGCACUGGGGCGCCGCGACGCUCCACUGCAGUCUCGUCCCCCGGGGGGAGGCCGGUGCCUGCGCUCGCGCCGCCGGGUGGAAGGAUGAGGCCGCAGCUGAAGCAGCCACCCUAUGAUUGGCUGUGGCGCUUGUGAACCCGAAGUAAAGAUGGCGGGCGGGCAGGCAGCCGCCGCACUGCCCACUUGGAAGAUGGCGGCGCGCCGCAGCCUCAGCGCCCGCGGCCGGGGGGUCCUGCAGGCGGCGGCGCGGCUACUGCCGCUGCUGCUGCUGAGCUGCUGCUGCGGCGCGGGUGGCUGCGCGGGGGCCGGCGAGAGCGAGGAGACGGUGAUCAUCGGGCUGCGGCUGGAGGACACGAACGACGUGUCGUUCAUGGAAGGGGGGGCGCUGCGGGUGAGCGAGCGCACCCGGGUCAAGCUGCGGGUGUACGGGCAGAACAUCAACAACGAGACGUGGUCCCGCAUCGCCUUCACGGAGCACGAGCGGCAGCGCCACAGCCCGGGCGAGCGCGGGCUGGGCGGCCCUGCGCCGCCCGAGCCGGACAGCGGCCCCCAGCGCUGCGGCAUCCGCACCUCGGACAUCAUCAUCUUGCCCCACAUCGUCCUCAACCGCCGCACGUCGGGCAUCAUCGAGAUCGAGAUCAAGCCACUGCGCAAGAUGGAGAAGAGCAAGUCCUACUACCUGUGCACGUCGCUCUCCACGCCCGCGCUGGGCGCCGGCGGCCCGGGCUCGGCGGCCGGUGCCGUCGGGGGCAAAGGGGGCGCAGGGGUGGCCGGGCUGCCGCCGCCGCCCUGGGCCGAGACCACCUGGAUAUACCACGACGGCGAGGACACCAAGAUGAUCGUGGGCGAGGAGAAGAAGUUUCUGCUGCCUUUCUGGCUGCAGGUGAUCUUCAUCUCGCUGCUGCUCUGCCUGUCCGGCAUGUUCAGCGGCCUCAACCUGGGGCUCAUGGCGCUGGACCCCAUGGAGCUUCGCAUCGUGCAGAACUGUGGCACCGAGAAGGAGAAGAACUACGCAAAGCGCAUCGAGCCCGUGCGCCGGCAGGGCAACUACCUGCUGUGCUCGCUGCUGCUGGGCAACGUGCUGGUCAACACCACGCUCACCAUCCUGCUCGAUGACAUCGCCGGCUCCGGCCUGGUGGCUGUGGUGGUCUCCACCAUCGGCAUCGUUAUCUUCGGCGAGAUCGUUCCACAGGCCAUCUGCUCCCGCCACGGCCUGGCCGUGGGCGCUAACACCAUCUUCCUCACCAAGUUCUUCAUGAUGAUGACCUUCCCCGCCUCCUACCCGGUCAGCAAGCUGCUGGACUGCGUGCUGGGCCAAGAGAUCGGCACCGUGUACAACCGCGAAAAGCUGCUGGAGAUGUUGCGUGUCACCGACCCGUACAACGACCUGGUGAAGGAGGAACUCAACAUCAUCCAGGGCGCGCUGGAGCUGCGCACCAAGACGGUGGAGGACGUGAUGACCCCGCUGCGCGACUGCUUCAUGAUCACGGGCGAGGCCAUCCUGGACUUCAACACCAUGUCCGAGAUCAUGGAGAGCGGCUACACACGCAUCCCCGUGUUCGAGGGCGAGCGCUCCAACAUCGUGGACCUGCUCUUUGUCAAGGACCUGGCUUUCGUGGAUCCGGACGACUGCACCCCGCUCAAGACCAUCACCAAGUUUUAUAACCAUCCCUUGCACUUUGUGUUCAAUGACACCAAACUGGAUGCGAUGCUGGAGGAGUUUAAGAAAGGUAAAUCUCACCUGGCUAUUGUGCAGCGGGUGAACAAUGAGGGCGAGGGGGAUCCGUUUUAUGAAGUUCUGGGAAUUGUCACUCUAGAAGACGUGAUUGAAGAAAUCAUCAAAUCUGAGAUCCUGGAUGAAACAGAUUUAUACACUGAUAACAGAACGAAAAAGAAAGUAGCCCACCGUGAAAGAAAGCAAGAUUUCUCUGCCUUUAAGCAGACAGACAGUGAAAUGAAGGUGAAAAUAUCACCACAGCUUCUCUUGGCCAUGCACCGUUUCCUAGCGACAGAAGUAGAAGCGUUUAGUCCAUCCCAGAUGUCAGAGAAGAUUCUCCUAAGGCUGCUAAAGCAUCCCAAUGUCAUCCAGGAGCUCAAGUACGACGAGAAGAACAAGAAAGCCCCAGAAUUCUACCUCUACCAACGCAACAAGCCCGUAGACUACUUCGUGCUCAUCCUGCAGGGGAAGGUGGAGGUGGAAGCUGGAAAGGAAGGCAUGAAGUUCGAAGCGAGUGCGUUCUCCUACUACGGCGUGAUGGCGCUUACAGCCUCUCCAGUUCCUUUGUCCCUGUCUCGUACCUUUGUUGUCAGCAGGACAGAGUUGUUAGCGGCAGGUUCUCCAGGUGAAAAUAAAUCACCCCCCAGGCCCUGUGGCUUGAAUCACUCAGAUUCCCUGAGUCGAAGUGAGCGGAUCGAGGCGGUAACCCCGACAUUGGGGAGUGGCAAUAACCAGCUGGGUUCCUCAUUCCUGCAAGUCUACGUCCCCGACUACUCCGUGCGAGCCCUGUCUGACCUGCAGUUUGUCAAGAUCUCCAGGCAGCAAUACCAAAACGCCCUGAUGGCUUCGCGCAUGGACCGGAGCCCUCAGUCCUCGGACAGUGAAAACACUAAGGUGGAACUGACUCUGACGGAGCUGCACGAUGGGUUGCCCGAUGAGACGGCCAACCUGCUAACGGAGCAGAACUGCGUGGCCCAUGGCAAGGCCAACCACAGCCUGCACGGAGAGGGCGCCAUCUAGCGGCGCUAGUGACACGCGUUGGUGUGAGCUGGCGUGCCACGCUGCGUCCCGUGCCCAUUCUGAGACCAAAGACUCCGUCCCUUUCCUGCAAGCCGAGGAGGAGGAAGAGG